GAGGCUGGGAGGGAAACUCAUAUUGGGGUUGGUUUCGGUUUCGUUUUUGUUGGAAUAGAAGUUCCUUAGACAUUGAUGGAUCUAGACAGAAGUGGAUCAAAAGACUAAUACUAUGAAAAUAAUCAAAAGGAACCAAAGAUGCUGCCAAGAUUGAUAUAUCUCCUUCAGUUGUUCUGGUUGUUUUAUCCAGCCCUAUGCCAUUCAGGCCCAAAAUUUUUGAAAAGUAUUCAAUCCUUCACUGCAUAUGAAAAUGAACAAAGGUGUCUAUUUUGCAAGUUUUAUUCACCUUAUCCCGUGAAUGUUACAUGGUACAAAAAUGGCAUUGAAAUACCUAGAGAUGGUGAAGGGAAAAGUUUUCACAAAUGGGGCAGCAUAGCCAAUAUCUCAAACCAUAGGAUGUGUUUCUAUAAGUUGGCUCCUUCAGAUACAGGAAGCUAUUCAUGUGAGGGUCACAGCAUCAUGGGUAAAGGAGACAACCAUACCAUAACAGUUAAAGUUGUUAGUUUUUACAUUCCAAGGUUCUUGCAAGGCUUUCCUCCAAAUGAAUUGACGCUGUAUAGAGGACAAGAGUAUAGAAUGGAAUGCAGAGCUGAUGGAGUGCCAACUGAUAUUACUUACUCAUGUGAGAGUAAGGAUUCAAAGUUAGGGAACAAUCAUGUAGUGAUGGAAAGACACAAACUUGUUUUUGCCUAUGCUUUACCGAGUCAAGGUGGCAUAUACGUCUGCACAGCUAAAAACAAAGUGGGUUAUAGCUCUCAAGAUAUUCAAGUAAACGUCGUUGAAAAUCCAACUUGGAAAAUAAAGCCAAUAAAUAAAACCUUAAACGCGGGUCAGCGCUUCAAGCUGGUUGCCUCGUUUUAUGGCAGUGAUUACAACUUGAAGAUCACGUGGCUGCGAAAUGAUCAAGUUGUGAAGAGGGACAUCAGUUGGAAUAAGACUGGUUCGCUGAUCACAACAAGUUAUGAGGUAUCAAUAGCAAAAGCUGAAGACAAUGGCUUAUACGCCGUUACAGUUAACAAUGAAAAGGGUGCCAUAACUGCCUCGGCCAAGGUUGUUAUCCUUAUGAAGCCAGAAGUAAUGAUAACACAGGGGCCCGAGUAUUCCGUUGCUCCUGGUGAAUCACUUGAGAUAAUUUGCGAAGUACAGGGUUUUCCACCCCCUUCAAUAUGGUGGAUAAGCAAUGGUGAAAUUUUAGCAAAGAACUAUAUUCAGCACGGUGCAAAACACUGGCAAGUAAAAACAACUUUCGGAUAUUUGAUUCAGUCUGUCAAAGGUGUCCGGACGUAUAACUGUACUGGGAAAAAUGAGAAUGGUAUUGAUUGGGAGAUCAUUACAGUGAAAGCGAAAGGUGAUGCUGUUCAAAGGGAUGAAGGUGGCAAGCCAGCAGCCCAGAAGGAAAAGUCGACAAAUAAAACAAUUAUAAUCAUUGCAUGCACAACAGGUUUCAUCGUAAUCUUCAUUAUUAUUGGUGUGGCAUGCAUCGUUGCCAAGCGUCACCGUCAUCUUGAUCGAGAGCCAAGCUUUACCCGUUCCAGCAUCAUUUAUCACCGCAAGAGCGACGAAGUGGACGAAACUACAGCCGUGGGAGAUCAAGAGCAAUUGAUCGCGGAGCCAAAAUACAUUUACCCGGCCCGUGCUCCUUCGGUUCCUUCAGUGGAAACCAUACGAAAGGCCCGAGAAAAAAUGUCCAUCAAGAGGCAGACGAUGCCCACAAAUGCGAACAAGCAAGAAAAGGCAGAAGAUGCAGAGAACAAUUAUGCUGUCAUUUUACCGCUCGGCCAAGGAAAACUCCUCUCAUAUGAAGACAUGAACCUUGGAGAAAUUUGUGGCUCUGGUAUGUUUGGAGUCGUGCUGAGGGGUACCUUGGAUGAGGCUAAUUUACCUUCGAGGGAAAUCGCCGUGAAGAUGCUAAAAGACAAAGCUGGGUUAGGUGAACGUAAAAUGAUGCUUGAUGAACUGAGAGUGUUAAAAGCUUUAUCGCCGCACCCAAACAUCGUUGGUCUCAUAGGCUGGUGCAUAACGGAAGAUAAUGUCUAUAUUGUUGAAGAAUUUAUUCCAAAUGGAACUCUUCUCAAUUAUAUAAGAUCUGAACGGACACUGCUUAGAAGUCAUUAUGUCAAUUUAAAAAGCCUUUCUGCUGAUUCUGAUAAGGAAUGGCUUUCUUUCGCAUGGCAGAUUGCGUCUGGCAUGAAGUACUUGUCUUCAAUGUCGAUCAUCCACAGGGAUCUCGCCGCAAGAAAUAUUCUUUUAGGCCACGAAAAUGUUUGCAAAAUAUCCGAUUUUGGCUUGGCUAGAUCGAUUUAUCAAAACUCAAACUAUAAAAAGACUACAGGUGGGGAGUUACCUGUUCGGUGGAUGGCGCCCGAAGCUCUUUUCAGUGGAACAUACUCUACAAAUAGCGAUGUUUGGUCUUUUGGCAUUCUAUUAUGGGAAAUCGCUACGUUUGGAGAUUUACCAUAUUCAGAUAUCCCUCUCAUUGAAAAAUUAUUAGCCUUCUUAAGGAAGGAAAAACGGAUGUCGAGACCGUCACACUGUUCAGAAAAUCUUUAUCAAGUGAUGUUAUCAUGCUGGAAUCAAAUACCAACAAGAAGGCCAGAUUUUAACGAACUUUGUGUCAAGCUUGGCACAUUGCUCAACGAUAGAUCACAGCAUAUUGAUGCUAAACGGUACAUGGAGCAAGCGAUUGCGUCAUACAAUAACGACGGAGAAUUGCAGUAUUUGGAAGACGCCUAUGAUCAAGGACGACUUUCUCCAACCGAUUCUUGUGUUUUAUAAAAACACCAAAAUGCAAGCGAGGCAUUAAAAAGAUGGCAGAUAGCUGUAAGUCUUGCCUCUACAGUUUUCCGCGGAGGAACUGUUAAUUUUUACCCUACAUACCGAGCAUAAGCUAUAAUAUGAAUUUUUAACAGCAUUAUGUAGAAAGAGAUACAAAUUUUCUCAAAAAAAAUAUUCCAUAAAUAAGACUGUGUAUGUUAAUCCUGUAAUUUUAAGGUUAUUCCUUUACUUCAGAUUUAAAAUCAAUUAAAGACAUGAACAGGUCCAUGAAACCGCUGUAAAGAAGAACAAUAAGAAACUUAAAUUAUAUUCGACCCACGUGACUGAGGUCCUGCACUACGACCAAUGAAAGGAGCUCCUAAAAAAAUUAUUGUCAUGUCUCUAAAUGCUGGGCCCAGAUUUGCACUGGUUUUUCUGCCUUUGAAGAUUUCAAUUAUCUGAAUUUUGCAUUUUGCCGCUUCUGUAUAUGUUGUAUUUUGUGUGCAAAUAUUAAUACAAGGAUAGCCUUCUGUGACAAAUCAUGGCUUCCAAUAAAACCUUUUUGUUGGUAUAUUAAUAUUGUAAGAAAAAUUUGAUUGUCACAACAGAGUAGGCUGAAUCCUCUUGACGACAGAACCAUUAAAUGGAACAUUAAUUUUAGUAGGCGAGUUACACUGAAAAUGCCCAUUGAGGAGCACCAUAAAGAUGAAGAGCAUUUAGGAGGAACAUAAAAAAAAUUUAUUGUGCCCCUAAAUUUUCUUCUCUGUGAUCGAAUCCUGGCAAGGGACACCUUCUACAAACUACAUCCCGCAAGUGUCCCUGCUUGGGGAUUCCACUAUAUUUCUAUGUAUAAAUGGGAGUUUUGUGACAGAUCGUUUUUUGUAUCUUUUCGUAAUUUUUUAAUUUGAUGAUUUGUGGUAAUAUCCUUCUUAAAUUUAGCAUUGUCGACUUUUUUGUUAAGUAAAUGAGGUUGCUAUUUUGUGAUGUUCACGUCAGGGAUGGCAAUUCUAAUUAUGUUGUAAUACCAAGUUACAUCGUAUUCUCUUCCAAACAAUACACCACGUAUUUAUAUACUUUCGUAACUGGAAGUAUUGGAAAUCAUGGAUUCAACGAGCCCUUACAGGCAGAGAUCGAAUAGUUUGAUUGGCCAUAUUGUAACAAGCCCACCAAAAGUAAUUUUUUUUUUAUUUUUUCUUUUGGUCUAUCAAUUACAAUUUUAUUUGCCUAGAGUUGUGCGGGAGGAGAUAAUUUACUCUCGUUGCGACUUUUUGGCGUGACACGAGACACAGUGAGCAGGUACGCUUAGAUAUUUCAAAGCUGGUUGCCUCGUUUAGAUAGCAGUUGAAAGGCCUCGUUUGUUAUUGAAUUUCCGAGCUUUUUGAUAGAACUCAGAACUUAAGUUUCCAAAUUAUAUCUCUAUAAAAGAUUUGGCAUUGUUAUUGAUUUCGAUAUGAACGUCUUGAAAAUGUUCAAAACCAGUUUGUUUCGAUCCAAAGAAAAGCUUCCAGCUCUUAGUGAAGAAUUGUGGUGACUUACAUUUGAGACUCGGUGAAAAAAAUGAUCUAUGAGAUAGUAAGCCGUCCCAAUCAACUUAAACAAUAGUUCUAAAUGCACGAUUACUAUUGUAUCUGCAUGAAGCAGGGUAAUGUUCAUUGAAUUAACAAGAAUAGGGGUCAGUUUUGUUCCUUGUUAGAUUCCAGAAAACUCUUAUCCUUCCUCCUGCCAAUAAACAAGACUUUUAAAACAAUGGAAAUAGUACGUGGUCUAGGCGUGGUUAACAAAGUUCUUUUUUCAAAGGUCUUUUUCCGUUGACUGCCUUUCCGUUUGCAGGUUGACUGCCAAUACUUCUGUUUCUUAACGGUAUUAACUUGUUUUAAAACACAACUGCUGUCUCAUCGGGUAUAUAGGAAACUUGAUACUAUAUUCGAGUAGAAAAUGUAAAAAAUCUUAGUUACAGUAGACUCGUAGUUUUAUGAUAUAGACAAUAUUUUGUAUUGAAUAUUUUACACUAGAUAUUUGUAUAUUAUGUACAAGUGGUAUUUGUUGGAUAUUUCUGGAAACAACCAUCAUGUUAUGUGUUGGAAACAGGAUUCAAAGA